AUUUAAAUCUUUUAAUAUAUUUAUUCAAUGGCUUCCUAAAAUAGACCACCUUAAACUCGUCAAUUGACUAAACCUAAAUUUGACAAACUCAGCGAUGUCAAACCAGGAAUUCAUGGAUAUAAUACCUACGUCAAAAUUGAAGAAAUCAAGAAAGAAUAAAUCAAAAGAUAUGACGGAUCAACUUUGAUUGUUGCUGAAGGUUUGGCCGGAGAUGAGACUGGAGUCAUUAGAUUCAGAGUUGUUGGAGAAUACGCCAACUAACUUGAGAAGGGUAAAAGUUAUGCAUGGAGAAACGGAUUGUCUGAAGUCGUUCAAGAAAGACACAGACUUUCACUUGAUUAAUUUGGACGCAUAACUCCUGAAAAAGAUGAUUUAGUUGUCGUCAACUAAAAUGGCAAGAAAUACUCUGACAUUGAAUAUGUGAGAAAGGAACCAAGACCAAAUACAAACAGAAGAGAAAACAGAGACAAUAGAGAUAACAGAGACAAUAGAGACAACAGAGACAACAGAGAUAACAGAGACAACAGAGAUAACAGAGAUAACAGAGAAAAUAGAGAUAAUAGAGAUAACAGAGGAUAAAGAAGACCUUAAGGUAACAGAGGAAAUAGAGGAGGAAAUUAAAAGAGAGAUUGAGUUAGUCAAUAUAUGGAACAUAAUAAUAUUUUAACAUCAUUAUUCUCUCU